UUUAUGAAUAAUCCAGAUGGUGAUUAAUUAAUGGAAAAAAAUCCCGCGAAAGUUUCAGUGAUUUAUAAUAAAUUUUCUCCUAUUCGAUUUUUAAAUAUAUUUACAAUUGAUUCACUCACCCCCUCAAUGAAUCAUCUGGCAUUUAAAGGAAGUUUAAAUUAAAGCUUAUUAAAAAUAUAUUAAACAUCAUACACUUGUAUACAUGAAAUGAAUUCAAUGGUGGCCUAGUUUAUAAGUUUAAAUGUUUCAUAUAUGUGUGAUCAACGCUCUUAUGAAAUCCUGUAAUUACCCAUAUGUAAUUCUCUUCAAAUGUAUUUAUAUUAAAAUUGUAAGUUUUUAAAAUGGCAGAAAAGAUGGCAAAUGAUCAAAAUAAAGUAUCUGAGGAAGAUUUUAAAGAACUUAAGAAUAGGCUUAAAUUAAUAUUUGAAGCUGAUCCAGAACAGUAUCACAAUGAUAUUUCAAUUCGAAGAUUUCUCAGGGCAUUUUUAACAGUAGAUGAUGCUUUUCAAGCUAUAUUAAAAUGUAACAAAUGGAGAAAGGAAUAUGGUGUAUCAUCUAUAUCAGCCAAUGAUGCAGAUAUAAAAAAAAAUUUAGAAAGUAAGAAAGCAAUAGUGCUUCGUCAUAGAGAUUUUGAAGGAAGGCCUGUAAUUUAUAUUCCAGCAAGGCAACAUUGUGUAACAGAAAGGGAUCUCAAUGAGUUAACUCGUUUCAUUGUAUAUACAUUGUAUCACAAUGAUAUUUCAAUUCGAAGAUUUCUCAGGGCAUUUUUAACAGUAGAUGAUGCUUUUCAAGCUAUAUUAAAAUGUAACAAAUGGAGAAAGGAAUAUGGUGUAUCAUCUAUAUCAGCCAAUGAUGCAGAUAUAAAAAAAAAUUUAGAAAGUAAGAAAGCAAUAGUGCUUCGUCAUAGAGAUUUUGAAGGAAGGCCUGUAAUUUAUAUUCCAGCAAGGCAACAUUGUGUAACAGAAAGGGAUCUCAAUGAGUUAACUCGUUUCAUUGUAUAUACAUUGGAACUUGCUUGUAAAAAAUGUUUUGAGGAAGUUAUUGAUAACUUGUGCAUCAUAUUUGAUCUGAAAGAUUUUGGAUUACAAUGUAUGGACUAUCAAUUAGUAAAAAAUCUGAUUUGGCUUUUAAGUAAACAUUAUCCAGAACGUUUAGGCAUCUGUCUUAUUAUGAAUUCUCCAGCAAUAUUUGCUGGAUGUUGGGGUAUUAUUAGAGGAUGGUUAAAUGAGGUAACAGCAAGCAAAGUGGUUUUCGUCAACAAUGAACAAGAAUUACUCAAAUACAUCCAUCCAGAUAUACUGCCAGAAAUAUAAGAAAAGUCUGUAUAGUUUAAUCUAGAAUUAUUUUCAGUUAAUUUUGAAAGAAGUGAUAUUGAAAAAUGUCGUUUGUGAUUAAUAUAAAGAAAUCAGUUUUUAUUACAUAUUGCUGUAUAUUAUGUGUAUUCAACAUUCAUUUCAUUCAAUUCAUUUAGCAACAUAAUAAAAUCCCAAAAGUAGACAUUCAAUAUAUGCAGUUCUUUAAUCUUGCAUAUCUCAGUCAGUAUUAAUUUUUACUGUCUUCCUAUAUAUAAAUGUAAAUUAAAAGAUCUUCCAUUUGAAUGUUAUUUGUUUUAAUUUUUAAGAGAUCUCAUUUGUUGAUUAGAAAUUAAAGGCAAAUUUAAAUGCAAAGAGAAUUUUUAGUUUGAUCUUUUAUGUUAUGUAGGAAUUGCAAAUAAUUGAAUGAUAAGCAGUUUAUGUUGUGAAGUAUUUUGCUUCAAAGACGAAAAUGGAAAGAAAUAUUAAUGCACAAUCAUUUGUUGUUUAAUUAAUUAAUUAAUUAAACAUUAAUUCUAGCAUGUGUUCUUUGAAAAAAAAAUGAGCAGCUAUGUAAAUGUGAUAUGUAAUGAUUGUUUGCAAGAUCUGAUUUGCACAUUUUUUUUAUAUUCAAAUGGCAGUUAUAAUAAAAUAUAUAUUUUUUGUUUUUGACUUUCAUUAUUGUCAUAUUUUAAUUUUGCAUAUUCAGUAAAACUCCAAUUAUUUGGAUUGUUCUGACUUUUUUAAAAAUAAAUAUGCAUGUAUGUAUAUGUAAUGUAUAUGCACAAAAAGUAAUUUUUUUCUAAAUACAGAAAACAAACUAUUAAUUUGUAGGUAUAUUUCUAUAUUUAAUAUUUUAUUUGCACAUAAUUGUCUACACAUGUACUGUACAUAAUGGGGUGUUUGGAUAGAAAGACUAUUUUAAGCAAAAAUCCAAUUAUCCAGAUACUCUGCACAUUUCCGAAGUCCCAAUUAAUUUGGAUAAUUGGAGUUUUACUGUAUGAUGUUUAGUUCCUAAUAUAAUUUGAAAUGUAAAUUUUUAUUUUACCUUAAGCCUUAUCAGGUGCCUCUUGAAUUCUGCAAAUUUAGUUCAGAUAACAUGAAACAUUAAAUUAGUAAAAUUGGUUUAAAAUGACAGACUUCUAUUAUAAUGAAGUCUAUAAAAGUAAAUGAGCAUUACUUAAUUAUUACAUUUUUAAUUAUUUUUAGGAAGCAUAUAAUAGUUAUUGCUAUAUAUUUUAAUGUCUUUAG